AUGGAUGACUACAUGUUUCACCACCAUGUCCAGGAGUGCGAGAUUGUGACGGAAGCGACGAGCUAUUUAGAGAUACUCAACUACUCGGAUCCGAGUUACAACACCAAUGAGGAGCACCGCGAUGCAGCCACUCUGGAUGAGUUUGAAAAUUUCAUCAAUCGCCAGGGCGUCUUUGAGCCGCCGACUCUAAAAGAGGGAGUCAAGUUGUUGAGCGCAAUUCGGCUAGUCCUCCAGAAAGAUGCCCAGGACCCGGACACUUUUACACCACGGCACAUCUCCCUCUCGGCAGAUUACUACGAGAAGAUGGUGCGCGGCAUGCGGCUGCCCUUCCGCGCCAUCGAGGGCACCUCGGUGGUCGGCCCCUUUUUCUGGUCGGCCAUGGACCAGGACGACGAGGACCCGCACCUGCAGGUGAUAUUCCGGAAGUCGGACGUGCGCAAGAAGGGCAAGACGCGCGGCUGGGAGCUUAUGCUCUCGCACUCGUUCGCCACGGGCAUUACCAACGGCUACGCAAAGGGAACGCCGUCGUCGGACCUGGUAAAGUGCGUCACGCACCUGCGCGCCUGCGCCGCCCAGGUCCGCCACCCCAUGCUCCUGCCCGUCAUCAUAAUCAGCCACGACCUGAGCGCGUCGACGGAUCAGAAGCAGCGCGACGCCAGAGACUGGAUCCGCAGGCUCGAGGAGGCCAUCAGCAUGCGCGAGGAGGUCAUGGCCGACGAGACGUACGCUCGCUCCAAGCUCGGCCUCGACCUCGACCAGCUGAACAGGGACCUCGUCGAGUGUCACUCCCAGGUGCUGUGGAAGAGGCCGCAGGCAUACCUGCAGAUCAUCAAGACCAUGGAGGACGCCAUGCACAGGUUCCACACCCAGAUGAUGAUGCUGUACCCGCCUUCGGCAUCACGCGAACAAGAUGGCUCCGACCACGGCAGUCAAAGCGACAGCCACAGUCGUAGAGGUCACAACAACUACCACCACCACCAAAAGCAGCUCGUCGACGGCGACCUCGACCGCCAGCACCGCAGCAUGCUCUCACGGCUAGACUUUUACCGCGCCAAGCUCAACGGCGUCGAGCACUACGCGCACACGACGCUAGCGCGGCUCAAGAUCCAGCGCGCCGCCCUAUACAACGUCAUUGCGCAAAAGGAGAGCAAGCUCAACCUCGAGAUGGCCGGCCAGCAGCGCCGCCUGGCCCACGCCGCGAAGCGCGACAGCAACAGCAUGAAGACGCUGUCGCUGCUCGGCGCCUUCUUCCUGCCCGCCACGCUGCUCAGCUCCAUCUUUGGCAUGUCCUUCUUCGACUUUAUGCCGCAGCAGGGCGAGCCCGUCGUCGCCGACACGCUGUGGAUCUUCUUCGCUACGUCGCUGCCCCUCACGGGCCUCAUCCUGCUCGUCUGGCUCGUCUGGGAGCGCAAGCGAGAAAAGGCACACGCCGAGGAGGACGACGACCUCGAAAAGGGCAUCGAGCGCAUGGAGGCCCAGAUCAUGGCCACCAUGCGCCGCCGCACCCUCAGCAAGGCCCGUACCUUUGAGUGGUCGGGCAACGGGAAGCCGCCCGGUCCGCCCAUCGUCAAAGAUCCCGGGAGCAGAGUGCUGGUCUCCAAGGACACUCUCGACUUGGCCAAGGACAGGAUCAAGGACAAGAUCAGGGAGGCUCGUGAUAAGGAAAAGGAAGGAUGA